UAUUAAGGCUAGAACUUAGUUUAGAGACCAGAGAAUCCCUAUCCAUUCCUAUAUGGACAAAACAUGUUUCUUUUUCUAAGCUGCCAUCAAAACUAGUACCAACACUCUUUCUGUUCUGUUAACUGUUAACAGUUAUAAGCUACUUUUCCCUCUUCACAGUCCAACCAAAGAAAACCAACCACCACUUCAUUCUUGCAAUGACCAUUCAAGCCUUUCAUGCUUCUUCUUCUUGUUACUUAAAUUCCCACCUUCAUUCUUGUUCCAAAAAGCAUUUACCUUCAAGGAAGUAUCUGAAGUUGAAGUGUAGUACUUCUUCAAAUGGCAACAAUGGAAAAAGAGACAAAGAUGAUUAUCUUCUGGAUGCUCCUGUUUCUGUUGGUGAUGGUUUCUCUUUCAGUGGAGGAAAAUAUUCAGAUGGACCAAAUCCAAGUGAUGAAUGGUUUAAGCAAGGGAAAAUGGUUAAAGCCUAUUCAACUCCUGGAACUGGUGAAAAGGCGAAAGAUCCAAUUUUCGGGCUAACAAUGGGCACUAGUUCACAAGCUACCGAAGAUCGUUUCAGAUGGUUUUGUGUCGAAAAAGGAAAUGCUGAAAAUCCUUCAGUCAUAUUAAUCCAUGGUUUCCCUUCACAGGCAUAUUCUUAUCGCAAAGUUCUUCCGGUACUCUCCAAGGACUAUCAUACCAUAACAUUUGAUUGGCUAGGAUUUGGAUUUUCUGAUAAGCCUCAACCCAAAUAUGGAUUUGACUACACCCUUGACGAAUAUGUGUCAUCAUUGGAGUCACUUAUUGAUGAACUUGCUGUUACUAAAGUCUCACUUGUUGUCCAGGGAUAUUUUUCACCAGUUGUAGUUAAGUAUGCCAGCAUUCACCCGGAGAAGAUUAACAACUUAAUACUCAUUAAUCCACCUUUAACAGCUCAACAUGCCAAGCUUCCAUCAACAUUGUCCAUAUUCAGCAAUUUUCUGCUAGGUGAAAUAUUUUCACAGGAUCCAUUAAGGGCCAGUGAUAAAGCCCUAACAAGCUGUGGACCCUACAAAAUGAAAGAAGAAGAUGCAAUGGUUUAUAGAAGACCUUAUCUCACAUCUGGCUCUUCAGGCUUUGCAUUGAAUGCAAUUGCCAGGACCAUGAAAAAAGACCUCAAGAGGUAUGUGGAGGAUAUGCAGAGAAUACUAAAUGACAAAAGUUGGAACGUUGGAACCACGAUAUGUUGGGGCCAGAGAGAUCGAUGGUUGAGUUAUGAUGGAGUGGAAGAUUUCUGCAAAGGUUCAAAUCAUAAACUUAUUGAAGUUCCAAGGGCUGGACAUCAUGCACAGGAAGAUUGCGGCGAAGAGCUUGGACAACUUAUUUAUGGAAUAAUAAGGAAAAAGAACUAAACAUGAAGACAUCAUAUAAAUUUGUAUCGACAAAUGUGUGAUCGCGAAAAUGCAUAUAUAUAUUUAAACAAUAAUUUUGGAUUUAGAAGAUAAAACAUCAUUUAAGUAUAUAGUUUUAUUUCUCUCCACAUAAUAGAAGAUAAAACAUCAUUUAAGGCAAGAAACACUUGGAAUAGUAUUUCUAGCUGAUCCAUGAGCAUUUAUACAAAAAGAUGAAGUCUUCUUUCCUGGUUGAGCGGAGACAAUGUUAUUUUGAUCAAAUAGAAGGCCAAAACAACCAGCAGGACUACAUUUUAAAGCAAUAGCUACAUCGCUAGCAGAAGUUCCGGUAAAUCCUCGAUAUGUCACAUCACUUACAGACACAUCUGUUUCCUAAUAAUUUCAAAAAAAAAAAAAUGUAUUUAACUAUAAUACAUUAAUUGUUGAAAUGAUAUGAUAAAAAUGAAUAAUAA